CUCUCGCGCAUUCCUGCCUCUUGACUCAGGCCUGGAGAAGGAGAAAGAGAAGGCGGCGGCGGCGGCGGCGAGCGCUCGCUGGCUGCACCAGGAAGCCCUGUGCGCGGCCCGCAGCAUGUAAGGCGAGCGGAGGCAGCGCUAGACAGGCGAGGGAAGGAAGAAGGAGGAGGAGGAGGAGGAGGAGGAAGAGGAGGGAGACGGCACGGCCAUGGAGGACGGCACCGAGGAGGAGACGGUGGAGCUGCCCCUGACCAACGCAAAUUUAACCGGGCACGAUGAGGAGAAAGUGGGGAUGGAAAAUUUCGAACUGCUCAAAGUUUUGGGAACCGGAGCCUACGGGAAGGUGUUCCUGGUCCGUAAACUAACCGGGCACGACACCAGCAAGCUUUACGCCAUGAAGGUGCUCCGCAAAGCGGCCAUCGUCGCCAAAGCCAAGACGACCGAGCACACGCGGACCGAGCGGACUGUCCUGGAGCACGUCCGCCAGUCGCCUUUCCUCGUGACGCUGCAUUACGCCUUCCAGACAGACUCCAAGCUCCACCUGAUUCUCGAUUACGUGAGCGGAGGGGAGCUGUUCACUCACUUGUACCAACGGGACCAUUUCUCGGAGGAGGAAGUACGGUUUUACAGCGGGGAGAUCAUUUUGGCCAUCGAACACCUCCACAAGCUUGGCAUCAUUUAUCGGGAUGUGAAGCUGGAGAACAUCCUGCUGGACAACGAGGGUCACGUGGUGCUGACCGACUUCGGCCUGAGCAAAGAAUUUGUGACGGAGGAUAAAGAACGGACUUUCUCAUUUUGCGGCACCAUCGAAUACAUGGCCCCCGAGAUAGUACGGAGCAAAAGUGGACAUGGCAAGUCUGUGGACUGGUGGAGUUUAGGAAUCCUGGUAUUUGAGCUUUUGACGGGUGCGUCCCCUUUUACGCUCGAAGGGGAGAAGAACUCGCAGGCGGAGGUCUCCAGACGGAUCCUGAAGUGCAGCCCCCCUUUCCCGUCGCUCAUCGGCCACGACGCUCGCGACCUCCUCCAGAAGCUCCUGUGCAAAGACCCCAAGAAACGCUUGGGAUCCGGCCCGAUGGGGGCCCAGGAGAUUAAAGAGCACCCCUUCUUCAGGUCCUUGGACUGGGGAAUAGCAGCACGCCGGAUCAGGCCGCCGUUUAAACCCCUCAUUCGUCACGAGUUGGACGUGCGAAACUUUGCCGAAGAAUUCACCAGCUUGGAGCCCAUCUACUCUCCGGCGGGCACCCCUCCCAGCCUAGACCGUGUCUUCCAGGGAUACUCCUUCAUUGCCCCGUCAAUCCUCUUCAACCGUAAUGCUGUGACUGCUGACAUACUUGAAGCAGCGUACGACGGAGAGCGUCCCGGAAGGUCUGCGGUGGCCCGCAGUGCCAUGAUGAAGGAUUCUUCGUUCUUCCAAAAAUAUGAGAUGGAUUUGGUGGAGCCCCCACUGGGGGAAGGAAGCUUCUCCGUCUGCCGCCGUUGCCAACAUCGACAAAACGGGACGGAAUAUGCGGUCAAAAUCAUCAGCAAAGCUGCGAUGGAAAGUGGCACCUUUCUCCUCCUUUUCCCGGUGCAGGAUGGAAGUCAAACCCAGCGUGAGGUGGCGGCUCUGCAGAUCUGCGAAACCCACCCGAACAUUGUCAAACUUCACGAUAUUCAUCACGACCAGUAUCACACGUACCUGGUGAUGGAAUUGCUGAGGGGCGGGGAACUCCUGGACCGGAUCAAGAAGAAGCAACACUUCAGCGAAUCGGAAGCCAGCCAGAUCAUGCGCAGCUUGGUUUCCGCUGUCAGCUUCAUGCACGACUCGGGAGUGGUACAUCGGGACCUCAAGCCCGAGAAUAUUCUCUACGCAGACGAGUCGGAGGGCGCCCCCGUGAAGGUGAUCGACUUCGGCUUUGCCCGUCUCUGCCCUCAAAAUUCGCAGCCCAUGCAGACCCCCUGCUUCACCCUCCAGUACGCGGCCCCCGAACUUUUGCAGGACGGAGGCUACGAUGAAUCUUGUGAUCUCUGGAGCCUGGGGGUGAUCUUGUACACCAUCUCUGGCCAGGUCCCUUUCCACAGUAGCCAGGAAGGCAGCGCCAUCAGCCACGCGGCCGACAUCAUGCACAAAAUCAAGGAAGGGCAGUUCUCCCUGGAGAGCGAGGCUUGGAAGAACGUGUCCGAAGAGGCCAAGGAACUGGUUCGAGGUCUCCUGACGGUCGACCCCGCCAAGCGGUUGAAAAUGUCCAACUUACGGUACAACGAGUGGCUCCAAGAUGGCAGCGCCCUCUCGUACACGCUCAUGACACCGGACAUCCUCGAGAGCUCCGGGCCCGCCGUGCGAACGGGCGUCAAUGUGACGUUUAUGGCCUUCAAUAAGGGAAAGCGCGAAGGUUUUUUUCUGAAAAGUGUGGAAAACGCCCCUCUGGCUAAACGGCGCAAGCUGAAGAUGUCCAGCACCGGUGCUGAGGGUCGCCGAAGCAGCAGCUCCUCCUCUUCCUCCUCUUCUUCGGGGUCCUCCUCCCGUCCCCCCAAAGCCAAGAUCCCCACCAUUCGCCACGACCCCCCCUCGUAGCAGCCGGAGGGGGGGGGGGGCGGGAAGGGGGCGAGCACUGAAACGCUGGAUGGGAAAAGGGGUAUUUAUUGUCUAUGUUUGCUGUCUGGGGAGCGUCGGGAGCCCGGCUUCCACUUCCCCAUUUCAAGCCCACCCACCCGCCAUGAUGUGACACUUUCAUUCAGAAAUGGGGCAGGGGGGGGGUUGAUUACCACGAGGACGCAGCCAAGGGAGGUUUUGCUACUCCGAGCUGUUUUUAAUGUGGAGAGCGUCACCAUUUUAUUUCCUACCCAGUCUGGCGCUUUUCUGCAUGCCUGUUUCCCCAGCCCUCCAUUGGGAAUGAAAUUAAGACUGUUGUAGAGACAGGCUGCCAUUUUCCAAACUACCAGCAGAGGGCAGUGGUCCUCUUCGAUGUCCCCACCCCACUGGUGGUGAGCUGCGUUAUUGCAAAUCCAUACCUGGGAUUAUUUUAAG